AUAAAGCUGUGACAUAGGGUGGAGGCGGUCGGGAGAAGCCUGGAGAAAUUCAGUUUCCAAACAUCACAGGAAGCCCCUCCCCCCUGUUUCCUUCUUUUCUUCCAGGCUGCGGAGCGUCCAGUUUGGGAAGCAGCCAGGGCAAUCAGUUGAUAGGAAGACCCACCCUAUCUGUGGAUGGAGUCUAGGGGUGUAGACACUCCCAAUCUUGUCUGCCUUAAAUAGGGUACUGCCUGAUCCAACUGUGCUCCUCUCUGCCUUCCUCGGUUUAGGGUGGUAGUGAGCCGACCUUCUUGUGGAGGAAGGCAAUGGGUCCCUGUUGGUCUUGGACCAGCAGCCUUCCACUCAUCUAGGGACACAUCACCUAAUCUCCCAGGCAAACACUGGCUGCACCAGCUUCGAUUUCUGGUCUUUCUGGACCUAGAAGACCCUGCCCCAGCCUGGACCCAGCACUGUAGCCAUGAUGGAAGAAGACAUAGGAGACAUAGGGCAAUGGCAACAUGUGUUCCAGGAGCUGAUGCAAGAGGUGAAACCCUGGCACAAAUGGACCCUCAUACCAGACAAGAACCUUCUUCCCAAUGUUCUGAAGCCAAGAUGGAUGCAAUACCAGCAAAAGACCUUUGCUAGGUUCCACUGUCCUUCCUGCUCUCGAAGUUGGGCGUCUGGCCGAGUCCUGGUAGUCUUCCACAUGCGGUGGUGUGAGAAGAAGGUCAAGGGGCGGGUGAAGAUGAGGGCCUUUGCUCAGAGAUGUAAUCGGUGCCCCGAGCCUCCAUUUGCAACUCCAGAGUUCACUUGGGACAACAUCUCUAGGAUCUUGAACAACCUGCUCUUCCAAAUUCUGAAGAAGUGCUAUAAAGAAGGGUUUAAGCAAAUGGGUGAGAUUCCUUUGCUAGGGGACACCAGUCUUGAAGGACCACAUGACAGCGGCAACUGUGAGGCCUGUCUCCUGGGCUUUUGUGCUCAGAAUGACUUAGGCCAAGCCUCAAAACCACCAGCACCCCCAUUAUCUCCUACCUCCUCGAAGUCUGCCAGGGAGCCCAAGGUCACUGCCACCUGUAGCAACAUUUCCUCCUCACAGCCCUCCUCUAAAGUGGAGAUGCUCCAAGUAUCAAAAGUGAACCCCCAAACCAGUAACCCUACCAAAAAUGACCCCAAGGUUAGCUGUACCUCAAAACCAUCAACUACUCCAAGACUGACAAUACAACAGCUGCCAGUAGUAAGCCCACCUGCCCCUAGAUGUGUCAUUCAAAUGCCUUCUCCCACUCUCAUCGACAGCAGCAGAGCAGCAGAUGUAGCAAAGAACACCAGAUCCAAGACCCCAAAGGCAUUGCUCUCAUCCCCUUUAUACGUCCCACCCACUUCCUCCUAUGUCCCACCCACUUCCUCCUAUGUCCCACCCACCUCCUCCUCAGUUAUUGUGCCUAUUUCCUCUUCAUGGAGACUACCAGAAAACACUACUUGCCAAGUAGAAAGAAGCAGUCAUAACCACCCGCAAAGCCAGUCUUCCUGCUGCGGGGCCUGCUGCGGGGGCUGUGGGGGCUGCUGUGAGAUCUUCAGGGCCUCAUGCUGUGAGGCCGCCUGUAAUUGCAUGUCACAGAGUCCACUGUGUUGCUUGGCCUUUCUAAUCUUGUUCUUAUUGCUGUGGUAUUUAUUAUAAAAUACAAUAUAUGAGCCUUGAAAACAAAAACCAAAAACUCUUGAGUGGGUAAACAAAAAAGAAUUACAACUUCCCAAAAAAGUCACACAUUGCGUAAUCCCCUUUAUGUGAAAGGUCAAUAAAAUCAGUAGAGUCCAGAGGUGGCUACCAGGACUGGAGCAAGGGGAAAGUAUAAAAAGCCACGGUUUAAGCAAUGUGACCUUUGUGGAGAAGAGCAAUGAAGAUAUUUGGGGAUUUGGUGGAAAUGGUAGCAGCCUCUCAUUAAAAGCAGCUGAGUUUUCCAUCUUCAGAUGGUUAGCCUCCUCAGGCUGGAGAGAUGGCUCAGCGGUUAAGAGCACCAGGUGCUGCUCCAGAA